AUGGCGACAGUGCCGCUCCACCGGAUCCGGUUCUACGACCACAGCCCCUCCCCCAUCGCCGCCCUCGCCUUCCCCCCCCGGCCCCUCCCCCCGCCAGCCAACCCCGCGAGUCUCCCCGCCCACCCCCAACCCCACGAACAGUUUGGCGCCCUCGUCCUGGCGAGGGAGAAUGGCGAGGUCGAGAUCUGGGAGUAUGUGCGGGACGAGGAGAGGAGUAUGUCGAGUAACUGGGUGCUGCAAAAAACCCUUCCCCCGACUUUGACCCACCCCACCAUCUCCCAGAUCGCCCUCGUCCUCCGCUCUCCUUCUUCAUUCGAAUCCAAGCCAUACUCUGUCCCCCAAAUACCCGACCUUCGUCUUUUUACCGCCGGAUCCGACUCUUCCGACUUGGUUGAGCGGUGUCUCGAUUCCGGCCGGGUUCUGCAGACGCACCAGAUCCCCCAAGCGCCGCUCUGGAGUUUGGCAGUCGCCCCGACACAGGAUCUGCUCGUCAUGGCCACGACCUCGCCAAACCUGCACUUUCUGUCGAUACCCCCCGCUUCCAUGUUGGACCCGUCCCCCGCUCUCGCGCCCCCGCCCUCGCACCUUCUCCGCUCCGACGCGCUUCCGUCCAGGACGCGGACGGUCUCGAUCGCCUUUGCGCCGCCAGCGCUGGUGAGGGUGGGGAGGGAGCAGGAUGAUGAGUGGGAGUGGAGGAAUACGGGGUUGGUCACUGGGAAUUCGGACAGCUCGUGGAGGAGGUGGGAGAUUCCCCCGCCGAAUGAUGGGUCGAGGAUUGGGCCGAGCCGGGUUCUGUUGAAGGGGAGGGCGAAAGCGACUAUCGUCUGGAAUGUUGGUGUGCUACCUGACAAUUCUGUCGUCACGACCGACUCUCUCGGCAGCAUCACCUUCUGGGACCCCAUCACCCUCGCCCAAAAACAAACUUUCCGCGCCCACAAAGCCGACAUUAUGGCGCUCACCAUCGGCCCCCGCGGCGAAUCCAUCUUUACCUCUGGCCCGGACCAGCGCAUCUGUCAGUUUGUCUUGUCGGCGGAAGGGCAGUGGGUGAUGGUAGCCGGCAAGAGGGUACAUGCGCACGAUGUCAAGGCGCUCGCGGUCUUUCCUGCGUAUCUCCCUAUUGCCAACCAUCAUCCUCUUGCGCCGCAGGCAGUCAAUCCGGGGUACGCCCCCGUGCUCGUCUCGGGCGGUCUGGAUAUGACGCCCACUUUUACUUCUGCAGCUUCCCCUUCUUCUCCUUCCCCCUCGGGCACACCCCUACGCUCUGCGUUGAGCAAGCCGAAACCGACAUCGGGCAAGCAGGCAGUCACGUUUGAAGAAUCCUUCCCCCGCCGGAUGGGCUAUCUCAGCGGCGGACCCUUGGGCGGGUACGUAGCCCUCAGCAAAGGCGCGCGGUUGGUCGUUGGGCGGCGGGAGAGGAGUGUGGGGAUUUGGAGAGUGCAGGAGGAUGAGAGUGGGUGGGAGAAGGUUUUGGAGAUGGAGUUGAGGUUGAGAACGCAUUUGAUCUCGUCUGCGAUUUCGGAAGAUGGAAAGUGGCUCGCGGUGUCGGAUCUGUACGAGACCAAGCUCUUCUUCCUCGCAUCUACUUCCGCUGGAACACUCAAACCACAACGCAUAUCCACCUUCCUCCCCACCCUCUCCUCUUCUCCCCUCCUCACCCAUCUCGCCAUCCCAUCAAAAGGCUGCGGCGCAAGUUCCCUCCUGUUCACCCCCGACUCUCAACGGUUCAUCCUCGGCCUCCAAUCAUCCGGCCAAGUGCUCGUCCUCGAGCUGCCGCAGGCAGACGGAGACGAUGCGGGUGUGAAGGGGAAGGGGAAGGAAGUGGGCGUCGUCAAGUGUUUCGAGAGGAAAGAGAGGGUUGUGGAUGGGAGGGUUAUUAAGGGACGGGAAGAGGUGAAUGGGGCGGUCAAUGGGCAUGUGGAUGGGGAUGUCUCGAUGAACGGGGAUGACGAGAAAGAGGAGGAGGAGGAGGAGGAGGAGGAGGAAGUGGUUGGAAAGAAGAAGCAGAAGGAGGAACUGCAGGCGUGGGUAUCGAGUCUGGCGGCGAGUGCGGAUGGGCAGUGGUUGGGCGUUGCGGAUUUGAAGGGACGGAUCAGUUUGUACGCUACCCUCCCUACCCUGCCUUUCCCUCCGACAUCCCUGUCAUUCCCCCCAUCCACCCCUUUACUCGCGAUCCUCACGCCGACCAACAAUAUCUCAUUCUACCACCUCGAACACCGCCGCCUGCUGCCGCCUUCUCCCGAGCUCGAAAAGUUCCUCGGCGCUUUUGAGAGUUUGCACACCCCCGCCCACGGGAUUAUCUGGACAUCCGCCACCUCUCCCGAAGGUAAGGAGGGGAAAGCCGUCAAGGCCAUCGCGUGGGGCACGGAUUACCUCGCAACUAUCAAGCUUGAUGUGGAGAGUCUAGUCAGGCGGAGGAGGGUGGAGGGGUCGCCGGCGGUUUCUACGACGACGACGGUGGCAGGCUCGGUGGGGGCGGGGGUGGGCAAGGCGAGUCGGAAGAAGCGCGCGAGGGAGGCUCGGCAGGCGAGGGAGCAUUUGUCGUCCCUCACCCCUACGCCUUUGGGCUCUGUACCCUCGACGCCUGUCUCCGUGUCGGAGGAGAUGAAGCAUCAGCAUCUAGGGGGCGAGGGGAGGGAGGAUUAUUACAAUAUAGUGACGGACAGGUUCAGGUCGAUCCUCGGGGUCGGGUGGUUGGGAGAGGAAGGGGAGGUGGGGGUUGUGGAGAGGCCGUGGGGCGAUUUCGUUGGGGAUCUGCCGGGCGUGUUUUGGAGUGCUGGGUAUGGGAGGAGCUGA